UCCGUUCGGAAUAAUAUUACAAGGAAUGGAUUAUCAUUUCCUGUAUAAUAUGGGUAGUUUUCUUUGUAGGCAGCACAGUCCAGCGUUGCAUUGAAGAUGCAGGUUGAGGAUUACCGUAUUAAUACUCUCCCUGUUCGAUUGCCAGUUGAAUAGAUGAGAUUUGGUUUAGUUUAAAAAGAAAAACAACUCCAGUUUAAGGGAUUUAGUUACUGGUGGCAGAACAACCUGCGUCCUGAAGCUUAACACUGUAUGUCGAAAGCCUGAAAACGUGUCGAACGAAGAACUCCUUGCAUGGUCACAAAUUACAUUUUGCAAAGCCAAAGGAGCAACGCGACAUCAUUCAUAAUUCAACUGAAUUUCCAAAUGGAAGUGACUACAGAGUCACCGGCAGUGAAAAGUAAUUCAUUUUGGAGCAUAAAUGACUCCAUUACCACGGAUACAUCAGAUGGCUUCAGCUGUCAGUCGAAUCAAAGCGAUGGCUCCAUAACAAAAGGAUUGAAAAUAUUCUCCUACUGUGUCAUCCUGCUUCUCUCAGUCUUUGGGAACUCUCUACUGAUCGCCAUUAUCAAGAGAAACAAGCGGAUGCAAACCAUUACCAAUUAUCUCAUCGCUAACAUGGCGGUCUCAGAUAUAUUAAUAACAGUUUCAGCCGUCCCUCGACAAAUCACAGAAAUAUUACUUGGUCCUCAGAUUUGGUUGAUUAAGGGAGAUUUUGGCUCUUUUCUCUGUAAAAGUGUGUCUUUCUUUCAAGAUAUUUCAACAGCAGUGUCAAUUUUAAGUCUCGUCGUCAUAGCCAUCGACAGAUACAGAGGAAUUGUGUUCCCUUUGCGAAGACCACUCAUAAAGCCGGCUAAACUCUGCAAAGUUAUCAUACCGUUAAUAUGGCUUGUUUCCAUGAGUCUACACGCCGUUUAUUUCUAUACUUUUCGCGUGAUAACAAUCAAUGACAAAUCAUACUGCAGGUUGAGCUGGGCUCCCAAGUUUGAUCAGAAGAACUCUCAGGAAAUUUAUUAUGUCAUAUUACUGGUGCUCCUGAUCGCUAUUCCAACAUGCGUACUUACGUCGCUCUACUCCGUUAUAAUCCUGAAUCUCAAAAGAGGAGGAAUUAAAAGAUGCAAAAGUCUUUCUAAUUGCAUAACGUCCCAGAGGCUUAAAGAGGACACAAAGGUGGUGAGGAACAUCCUUGCAAUUCUGUUUGCUUUUAUGGUUUGCAUUAUCCCAAUUAACGUUUUUGCUAUCCUAAUGUACUUCGUUUGGGACUGGAAAUUGCCCUGUGGUAUGGAAGGUUUUGUUUUUGCCGUAUAUUUCAUCCUAUAUCUAAAUGCUUCGGUGAAUCCUUGUAUUUAUUUCACUUUCAAUGAAAAAUAUCGUCAAGGUUUGUUAAACAUCCUAAAGGCCUUCAUUAGGCGAUCAAAGCCCAAGGCAGCUGUCGAGAGACAAUCAACUGAAUCCAUGACGUUAGUAACACCACGGAAAACAUCUUAAUCCGAUGUAACAUGGAAACUUGAAAUUUAUUUCUAUUGUAAUAAUUGCCUUCAAAAAUCUUAUUGAAAAUUUCAUGUUUCCAUGUUUUCCUUUCAGGGACAAUACCGGAAACGAUACGCUAUAUCUCUCCCUAUGAAUUCGUUUCAUUACUACUUUUUCCUUUCAGUGUUUCGUGCUCAGAAGUAGAGACACCACCUGAACCAUCGAUAAACGUGAGUUCAGCGCAAGAAACCUCGAGCUACGAAAAGAUUUUUUAUCUAUUUUUCGAGACAAAAUAUCUCUCAGGGGUAAAUGUUAUGACAAGAGUCUCAAUCCAUAGCUCAAUAUCUAAAGAACGUAAACACUUUCAAAUUAUCAAUUAGAUGACUCUGGAAAAAAAAAACCAACUUAUGACAGUGCUAUUUAUUCAAC